UUAAAAACACCACACAGGCGGACAAAGGAAAACAUGGAGGCACAGGGGAAAAGUCCCUUAAAACAGGCACCGGGGAGAAGGCUCUGGUCCUCCCGCACAUAGCGUGAGCUACGUACGGACUAUUCCCUUGUUUUUAAUGAGGUGGGUGGGGACGCACAGUGAGCCGAAAAGGCGGAAAGAUUUCUCCAGCCCGUCUGCACAUUCCGGCCGCCUGCGAUGGCUGUGACAGCGCGAUGCAGUUACAGUGUAAAGGAGAACGUGCCCUUUUCUCUGUAUUUGUUUAUUUUCGUGGUCGGUGGCCUCACAAACGCACAGAUUCGAUACUCCAUCCCGGAGGAGCUGGAGAACGGGGCACUGGUCGGUGACAUCGUCCGGGAUCUGGGUCUGGACCUGAGAAAACUUUCCACCCGACGCAUACGAAUCACGACGGACAGCGGACGGAGGUAUUUCACCAUCAAUCACAAAACCGGAAAGCUGGUGGUGAGUGACCGCAUUGACCGAGAGACAGUUUGUGAAUUCAGUGGCACCUGUUCCCACAACCUGGAGGUGGUGUUGGAGAACCCGCUCGAGGUGCACAACGUGGAGGUGGAGAUCUUGGACGUGAACGACAACGCGCCGCAGUUCCCUCGAGACGAGUAUCAGCUCGAGGUGUCGGAGUCCGCUCUCACAGGGUCGCGGUUCCACAUCGAGGGAGCUCAGGACGCAGAUGACGGCUCAAACUCCGUGAAGCAGUACAGACUCAGCCCUAACGAGCACAUCACCCUGGACUCCAUUAAGCCCUUUUCCAAUAAUAAGCACAUCGAGCUCAUCCUGAAAAAACCCUUCGACCGCGAGCAGAUUCCCUCUCAUGAGCUAAUCCUGACAGCAGUGGAUGGAGGCACCCCACAGCGAACGGGCACGGCCAAAAUCAAUGUACGUGUCCUUGAUGCAAAUGACAACGUGCCUGUCUUUGACAACUCCGUGUACAAAGUUAAACUGUCUGAAAACUCUCCAAAGGGCGCACUGGUGAUCAAGCUGAAUGCAACAGACACCGAUGAAGGCUCCAAUGGGGACGUUUUCUACUCCUUCAGCAGUUACACACCUGAGAGAGUCAGACAGAUGUUUUCCAUGGACACAGACACAGGAGAAAUCCGAGUGAAAAACAAUAUAGACUAUGAGGAAACCAACUCCUAUGAAAUGUACAUACAGGCAAUGGACAAAGGGCCAGCUCCUGUGGCAGUGCAUUGCAAAGUAGUUGUAGAAGUUUUGGAUGUCAAUGAUAACAUUCCUGAGAUUGUGCUGUCCUCUCUCUCCAGCCCUGUGCGUGAAGACGCCCGGGCUGACACGGUUGUGGCAUUGAUCAGCGUGAAUGACCGGGACUCUGGACCAAACAAACAAGUGACCCUGGAUAUCAUGCCCAAUUUGCCAUUUAAGAUCAAGUCCUUCCGCAAUCACUAUACCAUUGUCACAUCCGCCUUCUUGGACAGGGAGACCAUCUCAUCCUACAAUGUCACCGUCAACGCUGUGGACGGAGGCAUCCCACCCCUGUCAUCCCAGAUGACCUUUAAGGUGCACGUGGCAGACGUGAAUGAUAAUCCACCUCGUUUUGAACAGACCUCAUACACUGUUUAUAUUACAGAGAACAACGCUCCCGAUGCAUCUCUAUGUGUUGUUAAGGCCACAGACACUGACGCUGCAGAAAAUGCACGCAUCACCUAUACUGUCCUCAAUGACAACAACCACGGUAUCCCUGUAGCCAGCUAUGUCAGCAUCAAACCCGAUACAGGCAAGGCUUAUGCCCUGCGAGCCUUUGACUUUGAGAAGCUGAGAGAAUUUCAUUUCCAGGUGAAAGCCCAGGACAACGGAAUGCCUCCCCUCAACCGUGUAGCCACGGUGUAUGUUUACGUUAUGGACCAGAAUGACCAUAAGCCCAAGAUAGUCUACCCACCGGCCAAUGGGAGCCGCACAACAGAGACGCUGAUUAAAAAUGCUGAAGCAGGAGCGUUGGUUAGCAAGGUGACAGCGUGGGAUGGUGAUGCAGGGCAGAAUGCUUGGCUGCUCUAUUCCCUGGAGCAGACCAACACAGACAUUGACCUUUUCAAGGUGCAUGAGCACACAGGUGAAAUCCGCACCACAAGGCGUGUCAUCGAGGACAACUCCACUUCCUUCAUCCUGAAAGUGUCGGUGCAUGAUAACGGCCUGCCGCCACUCUCCUCCACCGCUACCAUCCAUGUGUACGUGAUGGAGCUGCCUCCAAAGUUGGCCCCUGACCCCAAACGCAUCAUCAGGCCCAACAGCCCCUUAAUGUUUUCCAAUGUCACACUCUACCUCAUCAUUGCCCUGAGUGCCACAACUUUCGUGUUCCUGGUCACCAUCUUUGUCCUAGCCAUCGUGCGGUGUCAUGCCUACUGUACCCAGCCUGGCUCCUGCUCCCCAUGUUGCAUUUCCAAGAAGAGUGUUCCAGAGGGGAGCACCUCAGCUGGUGGUGUUGCAAGUGGAGGAAGAACUGCGGGUGGAGCAGAUGGUGGGCAGCAAAACAUCAAUGCGGCCCAGCGACGUGACCUCAAAGGGGAACCGCAUUACAUUGAAGUGCGGGGAAAUGGGUCUUUGACCAAAACAUACUGUUACAAGACAUGCCUGACUGCCACAUCAGGAAGUGACACUUUUAUGUUCUACAACACGGGACGGCCUCAUAGUGGCACCUGGGGCUCAGGCUACGUCACCAGCCACAGUGGACAAAGCCAGAUAUGUGUACGGCGUCUCAGUAUGCCAGACGCAGCUGCCAUUCAGCCCAAGGCGCCAAAUGCAGACUGGAGAUAUUCAGCCUCCCUGAGAGCAGGAGGUGUAAUGCAGAGCUCAGUGCACAUGGAGGAGUCCUCGGUAAUGCAAGGAGCCCAGGGGGUCCUGGUUCAGAACUGGCCCACUGCUUCCAGUGCCGCUGCUCGUUAUGUAACGCUGCAUCGCGCUUCUGCCCAACUGGACGAUGGUUUGGCGAGACAAGAUGCUGAAGGCGGAGAGGUGUCCCCCCCAAUGGGCGCUGGUGUAGACAGCAACAGUUGGCACUUUCGCUAUGGCCCCGGCGGUCCCGGUGCACCGCCACAACACCUGAAGCCUGGCGAGGUUCCCCCAGAGGCCUUUAUCAUUCCUGGCUCCCCCGCCAUAAUAUCCAUCAGACAGAACCAGGGCGGAGAGGACGACAAGAGCGACUUCAUCACCUUUGGGAAGAAGGAGGAGGCCAAGAAGAAGAAGAAGAAGAAGAAGGAGAAGAAAGACAAGAAGGAUAAGGGGAAGGAUGAUGAUGAGUAGAGGAGCAGAAAGAGAGAACCGCAAAGAAGAAAAGGGCGUUGUUAAAACAGAGGUACCAACCAAAGUCCAUUGGGCAAAAAGAAAAUGUGAAAACUACCAUAGAUUUCCCAGUUUCACUAUAUUACCUAUUUUCACUAAUAACAAUAUCAAGUUCUCUGUUCUGAACCUGGCCUUAUGCACGAUUUAUUUUACCUUCAGUCCCAUUCUGGAGUAAAUUAUUGAUCUUGCCUUGAUAACCAAUAAAAUGAUUGAUUUAGCUCCGAGCCCCUAUGUGCCUAUACACCUGGAGUCAACUCAUGUCAGUCAUCCUUUCCUGUAAGGAAGGACCAAUCUUUGCCCCUCUCUACAAUUUUUCUCCUCUAACCCAUGGAAACGUUGGCACCUCUGUCUUACCCCCUCCCCAACAAUGAUGUGUAAACCAUUCUCUCAGAGAGGAGACAAAUACUUUGUACAAGAACAACAAAAAGCUCUGUGCCAGCCAAGGAAAAGAAGAACGACGUAGAAAAAUGCGGAGCUGGACACACACCACUUGUAAAUAGCACAGACGAGAGUCACUGAAACUAAGGCUAACACUACACUGCUGCAGAUUCCUCUGGUAAUACCAACAGUGUUUCCUAAGAUCUCAAUGAAACCACAUGAACACACACGCAUGAUCACACAUUCAAACAUGCAAACACGAGAAAACACCCUGACCGUGGCAAGGUGGACACAUAAAGCACUUGAGAGAAGGAGAAAAAAUAAAAAAGAGCGAAAAACAACUGGCAUGAAAGAAAUGUGCUUUGAACAAGACACUGCAAGCUUUUUGCCCUGCACAUUUGCCUCUGCGGUGCACAUGUGUACAUCAACUCUCUCAGGAUGGAAGCGCCAUCCUUUGAAAUCACUCUCUAUUUGCUCACUGCAUUUGAAGGACACAGAGAGCUUCAUCUUCUGCCAGAACCCCAACUGAGGAAUGCAGAGAGCCCUGCAAAGAUGGAGGGAUGGGAAGUUACCUCACAUUCUCCUGAGGACCACAGAGGGAAGAGUCCAGCUGCGCUGGCUUGUGACUCCGCUUGCAGCCAGUGGACUCUGAUGAAAAUAAGUACAGAAUAUGAGGAGAGUCUCGAGAUUUUGAUAACACCUUCUCUUAUCCCCCUGCUGCAGCAAAAGCCUAAAGCUUUCUGCUUUGAAUGUUUGGUAGCAACCAGUCCUUACCUGAUACCUUUACAACUGCUCACCUGCUCGAACUUGCCCAAAGUUGCCACGAGCCAACUUCUCCUCCCCCAGCAGCCUUUUCUACCCUCACGGUCACCCAUCCCACCAAUUGCCUCUUCAUCUGAUGAUGAAGUCUUCUGCUUUCAUUUGGUCUUGAAAGAGAUUCAUGAUGACAUGCACUGUUUUAUUUCUCCCACAGUUUCAAAUGCUUUUUACUUCUCAUGCCUCCCCACAUUUACCCUCAGACACUUCCCCGAACCCCCGCUCUGACCCCCCCUGCUCAGGAUAAAUCCUGGGAAUGGCCUGCGCUGAACAUUGUGGUGUGCUGGGAACAGCAUGGAGUAAUGUGGAUGAGGCCUGGGGAAGCCCAGUCGGGGGUGGACGCCCUGAACUCUUGUCAGAUGUCUCUCUAAGUGCAAAACGGUUCAGUGCUUUUAACUUGUGAAUAUGCUGUUCAUUUUCCUGUUCUUAGCCACUGAUGAGAGGGGACCAUGUGGGAUGAAGCAGAUAAUAGGGAUGGAGGCAAAGUGAGGAGACAGGUGCCGUGGGCUGGCCCUCCCUCUCCAGGUACAAGAGAAGACAGUUUUUCUCCACAUUGAUUGUUUUGGAUCGUUGAGUCACAUAUUAGCUUUUUGGUACGCUGUAAAUGUAAGCGUAGACUUUAAUAGAUUGUCUCAUUAAUAAUUAAAACCUGCUAAAAUAUUUGGGCAUCUAGAGAUUCCCAUCCCACCUGCUAUAUCCCACCAAUCCUCUCUCAGGAGGUUUUGAAAAUGGGGCACUCGCAUGCCUCAAGACCGGCUUCUGUUGGUUCCCCUUCCCUGCCUGUAACUUGUUGCCACGUCCCCCAAAGUUUUGCGGCUCAGUAUGACGUCACUCCAUUAAGUGGCUGCUGCAUGUACUGCUCUAAGGAAACACAUACUAUAUAGAGAAAUAUAUAUAUAAAUAGAUAGAUGGCUAUGAUUUUAUUCUUUUGUAUUAUCAUUUUUCUUCAUUACUUGCACAGGAGAUAUUUGUAUGUACUACUGUCUCUUGCCAAACAUCUACGUUCUACAAUCUUCAUGCUCCACAGAUGUUGUAUGGCAUCCACUGAACCUCUUUAGAUAUUUGUACAUGCUAUAGUGUGAUACCUUUCAACGCAAGUCUUUUUUUUUUCUUUUACCAAAUAUGAUUUUUGCUUUUGAGAAAAAGCAAAGCAAGAAAAAAAGAAAAAAAAAUCACUCUGUGUCUGCCUUUGACAUGACGAUCUAACUAAAACUGUAAUAUUGUAACUGAAAUAUGUAUGAUCCUAUGAUGAGCUAUCACUUCCCUUUCACUCUUAAAAAAAGACAAAAAAUGAAAGAAAAAAAUUGUCCAGUGUAAAAAAGGUAUCUGUAGUAUAUUCUUGUGUUUAGUGAGCAUUCAUGCUGUCAUUCUUUCCCAAUGUAUGGUGGUGAACUAUGGUGGCACUGUGCUGUCCUAAAUGGAUCAGCCCAGUUCUGUGGUUGUAAAAAAAAAAACUUUUUUGUACACCCGCUCAUCAGUUGUAACAGUGAAGUAGUGAAUUUCAUUUAUUUUCUGACUUUUUUUAUUUUACCUAGAUGGAAACAGUGGUAAUGUGUUUUGUUUAUAAAUCACUAAUAAAGUUUUCUUUCUUAAAAAUAAA